GCGCGCCUACUACUUAAAUACAACUGCAAAGCACAAAACAGAUGCGCAUUUAGUGCGCAGGGUAUAAUCGUUCGCGUUCGAUUGCGCACAAUACGCAAACAGCACGGUUUCCGCGCGCGACGUCGGAGUUAGGGUUAAGAAAAAAGCUCUUGCUACUUAUUUAAAUAACCAAAAACAACACACACACACAAAAGACGCCAAUAAAGACGCGUUAAAGCGGACGUUCCAACAAAAACAAAGACCCAUCCCAAAAGAAUCACACAGUGUGGACAGUGGAUAAUGUGCCGUUAUCAAUUGCAUUAUCGGUUCGCGCAGUUAUCCCACGUGGUGGGAGUGUGGGAUUAGUAAGGUGUUCCGGUCGGGGAUAUCUUUUCGCGGGUGUUCCCAUUUCCCUCUCGCCACAUGGGGUUGGAGCGUGAGCAGAGAGCUGAAGAAAAGGACAGCACAAGACACACGCCCGAUAAACACCGAUAAUUCCUCACCGAAUGAUAAUAGACAUCCGCGUCCCGCUUACCUUCGAAUGAUAAAAACCAACCGUCUUGGAAUCCUCUCCCGUUACGCGGCUGGAACCCAUUUUAGUUUGCCUUUGUCCUUCCGCGAACACGGGCUGCGGGGAAAAAAGGUUCCAGGAUGAGUCAACUUAAGCUUCCACCGUACCAGAAGCGCAAAACCUCUUCGACCAACCGUCCGACGACGCUGAAUGUCAGCGGACCGGUGGCUGUUCAAGGGAAAAAGUCACCGCUCGGGUAUGGCAUGCAGUCGCCGGAUGAGUGUCCGUCGCUGCCGGAGGGCUUCCUACCACUACCCUGCCAGGUGGCGGGACAUGCCUUCCACAAGGGAACUGAUUCGUUGGGUUUGCUGAAAAGCGUCGACGAUGGUUCGGUACUGAAGCCGAUAGCCAAGCUGCUAGCCGGCCAGCGGGAACUGAAAUUCUACCAACAGAUACAGCAAGCCGCGACCGAGCAGCAGCGCACCGAGCUGGCACUGUUGCGCGAACUGACACCGCAGUACCGGGGCCACCGGCAGCUGCCGAUCGAUGGUGAGCUGAUCGACUUCCUGCAGCUGGAGGACCUCACCCAGGGCAUGCUGGAACCGUGCAUAAUGGACGUCAAGAUCGGGCGCCGAUCGUGGGACCCGACGGCGACGGAGGAAAAGCGACGCUACGAAGCGUCCAAGUACGUGGAGAGCCGCGAAGCGUACGGGUUCUGUAUACCGGGCUUUCAGUUCUACUCGCUUCAGGCGGGCCGGGUGCAGCGGUACGGGAAGGAGUACGGCAAGAAGCUGACCGAGGUGACGGUGAAGGAUGCGGUCCGGCGGUUUCUCAACGCGGAUGCCGGCGGCCUGUGCCGGCAGCAGCUGAUACAGUUUCUGACGGACCUGUGGAACAUUCAGAAGUGGGCGCGGACGCAAACGUCGUACCGGCUGUACGCGAGCUCGGUGCUGCUGGUGUACGAUGCGCGCCGGUUAAAGCCGGUGCUGCUGCACGGUGGUAGGAAGUCACCCCGUACACCGAAUCCACCGACGACACCAACGACGUCAGCGGGGGUAAAAGGAGCGGGAGCUGGCAGCAGCAAUCCAGGGUCGCCCGUGUUCUGCACAAAUGCGAUCAACGAGCUGGGCGAUGUGGAACCGCUGCAGCACUACUUCCAGAUUCAGCGUAGUCACUCCACCAAUCACAACUACGAUCAGGACAUAAAAAUCAUGAAGGAAAACUACACCUUCAUGCUGGACAACCUGGUCGGCUCGUACGAGGAAAAGAUCUGGGCGAAGGCGCGCAUGAUCGACUUUGCCCACACGUUUCCGGUGGCGCCGACCGAGCAACCGUCCGUCGAUCGGAACUAUCUCGAGGGCAUCGACAAUCUGGUGAAGCUGUUCGAGGGACUGCUGCAGGACUGCGAGAUACAAAACACCCCCCGGCAGGGAGUCGCUUGACAGGAGUCGCUACACAACAUUCGUUCUCGUUCGCUAUGCGUUGUUCUGGUUUUAUUUCCGGUGUGUUUCUUCUGUAUUGUGUGUGUGUAUAUUACCCUUGGCUCUAGAGUUCCUAAAUGGGCGAAAAACAAACGGCGAAAAAAUAUAUAUAUUAUACAUAUA